AUGAGUGAAAUAUCAGAUACUUAUGCAUGUGAUCGUUGUACAUAUGUUCAAUCUAGUAAUGCAGAAAAAUGUGAAAUGUGUGAUACACCAAACCCUAAUCGUUCAAAAUUGAGGAAAGAAAAUGAUGAUAAAGUUCUUAAAUGUCCGACAUGUACAUUUGAUAAUACGGGUGAUUUUAUUACAGUUUGUGGAAUGUGUGGACAUGAAUUUGACCUUGAUAAUUCUAUUGUAAAAAAACUUCGAACAAGUGACGAUGACAGUGAUGAGAAAGAUGAUGAAGAAGAAGACGAAGAAGAAGAUGAAGAUGAUUAUGAUGACUUCGAGCUUCCAAUGCCACAGAAUAAAAAUAAAACUCAAAAAAUUAUCGAAGCUGUAGAAAUUGCAAUGAAUGAAGAUGAAUUACAAUCAUAUUACAAUCAAUAUAUAUCUAUACUUAAAGAACAACGCCAACAAACGAAAACAGUUUCUGAUCAACAAUUACAUGAAAUAGUUACACAACUUUUCAAUUCAUUACAAUAUAAACAUGAGCAACCAGAAGGUCAAUUAGUUUAUAAAUGUUGUCAAAUUUGUUUGGAUAAAGAUGAAAUGGUGAUUUUAAUGAACGCUUGUGGUCAUCGUAUGAUCUGUCGAGAUGAUUUUCAUCAAUAUUUAUCAACUCGUAUUCGUGAUGGAGAUCUUCUACCAUGGAUUCCAUGUCCGGCAGAAAUUUGUAAUGUACCAUGUGAUGCAAAAACUAUAAUUGAACGUGGAAGUUUAACACAUGCCGAACUUGUCUCAUUUAUAAUAACAUAUAUGUUAAAAAAAUUAUCUCGAAAUGAAAAUUUCAUUACAUGUGUUCAAUGUCAACAAGGUGGAUUUCUUCAAAUUGGUUCACCAAGAAAAGAAGAAGUUAUAUGUCAAAUAUGUAAUGUUAAACAGACAAUUGAAAAAGGUUCUGAUGGAGAUUUAGAUUUAGCUUUUAAAGAAAUGAUUCAAUCAGGUGAAUUACGUGAAUGUCCAACAUGUCGUCUUUUAACUUUAAAAGAAAAAGGUUUAUGUAAUGUUAUUGAAUGUGCUAAAUGUGGAGUUUGGUGGAAUUGGAGAACGAGAGAACAAGGACAUAGUGAAAAAGAUUUAAAACAAAAAGCUAGAAUGAAUGGAACACUUUGGGAACCCGGUGAAUUACGAUAUCAACAAGAUUUAGAAAGACGUAAUCCAGAAGAAUUCAAAGCUCUAUUAGAACGAAAUGGUAUUAAAUAUAAUCCAAAUUAUGUACGUGGUGGAUGGAAUGAUCAUUAA